AUGUCGUCGUCGACACCGAAGCUGUUGCCAUUCAGUCGUCCAACAUCUCCCAUUCGCUCUGCAAUAUUCAAGUCCCCACCCGAUGUAGUUCCCAGUGUUGAGGAGCUGGAGUCAUUGCAGGAGGAGCUGAGGCAGUUGAAGACGCGAACGUUGGAGCGUGCCAAGAAGGCAGGCGAGGAUUUGAAGACAAUUGAAGACUCGAUGCGUAGGAUAAAGGAACGCGAGAAGGGAAAGGCCAAGCAGUUGGAAAAGGUCAAACGUGAGCGCGACUACACGCCGGACCCAGAGCUCAUUAAGCCUCGUCUAUCGUCCCAACCAUUGUCUGACGAACUAAAGAAAAAGCACAAGAAAAAGCGCAAAAGAGAGGACGAAAGCGAUCAGGAACCAGGCAUGGAUGCGCAAAGACCUCGUAAAUCCACGCCCCCAGCACCGCAUACCCAUCCUCCGAAAGCUCAAAAGUCGACCCCAUCGUCUGUUACUCUUCCUAAGGUCAGCAUGCCAGUUGCAACCCGUUCAUCUCGUAAACCGACGCCAACUCCACAGAUCAAUGGCGUUGGCGACUUUUCUAUCCCUCCUCCUAUUUCUCUCCUCCCAACCCGCCCUAUUCCCAACGAGCGGCCCAAGCCCGGGCCGAGUAAGCCGACAGACGUCAUGGAAGAUUUUAGCAUGGCCAAGCAACCCACGCAAACGCCGGUGUCGACAUUCUAUACUUCGGUUGAGCCAUUUCUGCGCCCCAUAACAGAGGAGGACAUUGGCUAUCUUGAGCAUACCAACGACGAAGUUGAGCCAUUUAUCAUGCCGCGAUUGGGACGCCAUUACCUCGAUGUCUGGGCCGAGCAAGACGCUCUGGCGAAUGGGCUAUCCUUACCAGCUGGUGCUGGGCAGCUCGGCGAGGCGCCUGCUGACAUAUUUGCACCACCGGCCCCGAAAUGGGAUCCAUCAACGCUGAAUGAGGCUGAUCUGGUGACAGAAGGACAUGGUCAUGGCUUAUUGACGGAGCGUGUUCUAAGUGCAUUGCUGCCUGUGGGUGACGGUAGUGCUUGGAAGGGUGUCAAAGCUGCUGAAGACGCUAUGGAGGGCAGACCUGGAGGGAGCGGAGCUGCUGCUGCUCGGAAAGAAAGGCUGAAUGUCACGGAACUUGAGAAUCGAAUACGAGAUACGAUGAGGUAUCACGGGCUUUUGGAGACAGUGCCUGACUAUUCAGAGAAGGUCGACGAUCCAAUAGCUUCUGCUUUACGGUUCGCACAACGGGAGCUCAGACAAGUUGUUGCGCGGAACAAAUUUCGUAAAGCGAAGCUUGUCGAAAUUGCCAGGAGCCGGCUGGGUUACCAGGAAUACCUUGAGAACCGGGACCUAAUAGACCGCAAUAUCUCAAAUACGUAUACCAAGCUGCAGAAGAAGAGCGAGCCCAAGGUACCCAAGAAGAAGAAGAAGUUUGGCGAUGCCAGCGCAAGUGGAACACCAGUACCUGGCGCGGGAGACUCCGUUCCUCCACUCCCACCGCCAUGUCCAGCCGCAUCGGGACUUGGGCCAGACGACGACAAUCGUUUGAUUGUAUCUGAGCAACUCAAGCACUUCGUUGAGAUGCGCAGGCAGUUCGUUGAUAUGGUGGAGGAUACGAUGAAUGAAAUGCAGGCAGAGCGGCCAGGACUACUUUGGGGUUUCCCUCAAAGGAGUAUAUACGAAGGAAUGGAGGAGGCGGUCAACGCGAUGCUUUUGGGUAGGCAUUCGAUGGAUGUUGAUUCUGGUGACGUUGUGGACAAAGGCAAAGGCAAGGAGCGAGCAAGCUGGGACCUUAUGGACAUAUAUCUCACUCUUGUCGACCCGGCAAGUCCACUGGAACGGGCUACGUCGGUAACGGAGAACUUGGGCAAGAUCAAUGGUGACACCGCGCCUGCUAGUUUGCAGAAGGCUGGUGCGAAGAUUAGGCAAGCGGCAAAAGGGCUAGGGGCUAGCGACGCUGUGGCGCAAGAACUGUUGGAAGCGGCAAAGAACCUGGAAGAACGCAUAUCCCCCUUGUUUACGGAAUUGAAAGACGCCAAUACGACUCUGCUUGAAGAGGUGCAAGACUUGCGAGAGCAACUACUUGCUGUUGAAAGACAGAGACAUGAAAUCAAACAACUCAAGAGGUCGCUUACUGAGAUAGACCAGAAAUACAAGAAAGCGGCUGCGUCAGCGGAACGGCGGAAAGCCGCGGUUGCCUCCGAGAAGGAUGAAAAUAGCCGGUUGUCUUGCGUUAUUGCAGAACAGGAUGAAGUGGUAGCCGAGAAGGAGAACGAAGCAGAGCAACUUCGUGCUAAGAUCGAGAGACGAAAUAAUCGCAUUUCUGUGUUGGAGAAAAAGUUGAAGGUAAUGUCGCGGCAGGCGGCGAAGCGGUCUCGGUCAGACGAAAACGAAGACCCGGACGAAUCCUUGCAGAUUGAGUACUCUUUUGAGGUACACAAACCGCUUCUUAAUUUUAGUGCAACUGAUGAGUGA